GCAUCUGCCAAACCAAGAACAAGCACACUUGACACAGGCGGAGAAACCUAAACACUUCACUUCUUUACAAACUCCGCCAUCAAAAUCUCAAAUUUUAUCAAAUCAUCACUCAAUCCCCUCAUCACAAAACAAUAACAAUGAUGAUUCAACAUCAUUUCAUUCAAAAACCCACAAGCCCCCCAUCUUUAUCUCAAUCAUUAAACACAAUGUUACAUAAUCACACCCCAUCUUCAAGAAUUUCAAGAAUCAGCUGCAAGUUUUCAUCUUUUUCAACUUCAAGCUCCAAGAAUGGGAUCAAUGGUGCAGAAUUUAAGACCCCAUUUGCUCAAGAUCAUAACUUUCAAAUACCCUUUCUGAGAAAUUCAAGAAUUAGGUGUAAUUCCUCAUCUUUUUCAGCUUCUGGUUCGAAGAAUGAGAUUGAUGGUGAAGAAUUGAAGACCCCAUUUGGUGAAAAUGAUAAUUUUGCUGCUGAUUCCUUGUUGUCAUCAUCUUCGAAUUCAUCGCCUUAUCCGGGUGGGAUUGGACCUUUUACUGGGAGGGAUUUGAGUGUUAAGAAACCCGAAUGGCUUCGACAAAAGGCGCCACAAGGUUUUAAGUAUGAGGAGGUUAAGGAGACUUUGUCUAGGCUUAAGCUUAACACUGUUUGCCAGGAAGCUCAAUGCCCAAAUAUUGGAGAGUGCUGGAAUGGAGGCGGAGAUGGUAUCUCAACAGCUACAAUCAUGCUUCUCGGGGAUACUUGUACCCGUGGCUGCAGAUUUUGUGCUGUGAAAACUAGUAGAAACCCUGCACCACCGGAUCCUGCAGAACCACAAAACACUGCACAGGCUGUUGCUAGUUGGGGUGUGGAUUAUAUUGUUCUUACAAGUGUUGAUCGAGAUGACAUACCUGAUGGUGGAAGUGGACAUUUUGCAGAAACUGUUAAAGCUCUAAAGACGCUGAAACCUGAUAUUAUGAUUGAAUGUUUAACUUCUGAUUUCCGAGGUGACUUGAAUGCUGUAUCUACUUUAGUACACUCAGGUUUAGAUGUUUUUGCGCAUAAUGUCGAAACUGUUAAACGGCUCCAGCGAAUUGUUAGAGAUCCUCGGGCAGGGUAUGAGCAGAGCUUGUCAGUCCUAAAACAUGCAAAGGCCGACAAGGAGGGUAUGAUAACAAAAACCUCUUUAAUGUUGGGGCUUGGAGAAUCUGAUGACGAGCUGAAGGAAGCUAUGGCUGAUUUAAGGGCUAUUGACGUUGAUAUAUUGACGCUGGGACAGUAUUUACAACCAACUCCAUUGCAUCUCACUGUUAAAGAAUAUGUAUCACCAGAGAAAUUUUCCUUCUGGAAAGAAUAUGGAGAGUCCAUCGGUUUCCGUUAUGUAGCCAGCGGACCCCUGGUCCGAUCCUCAUACAGAGCAGGGGAGCUUUUCGUUAAAACGAUGGUGAAAGAGAGUAUUAGAAGAACCUCAACUCAGUAGUCUUAACCAAUGAUAUAGGUUUACAAUGUAUAUCACAUAAUGACUAUUACCAAAUCCGAUGCCCGCGAAAUGCUACUACAGCUUGGGAGCACAAUCGUUGCCAUCGGUGAACUUGAGCACUUGUGCUCUCUAUUUUAAUCAAAAUUUUCGAUGAAAAGUUUGCAGAUUGCUGUUUAUUCAUGAUUCAUCUUUUUUUU